AAAGGAAAGACUGCAGAAAAGAUCGAUCAAUAACGUUAAUCUAUUGAAAUAUAUCACAAUAUUUUGAAACACAGACUAAUAUAACACAAUAUCAUCAUCAUAAAGAGGAUUUAUUUAGAGCUACGAAGCUGUUAAACUGAGCGCGUUCUCGUGGCAAUCGCGUGCACGUUCACGGAGGCGCGCUGACAGGAGGAGUUUCUCUGUUUCUAAACGUCAAAUUAUCUUAAAAUAGCAUUUGCUGUAGAGAAAGACAAUUAAUGACACAUUCUGUCGAAAUCAGCGGAGAAAAUGAGCCACACGUUUAUUUUGCUCUAUUUUUAUCAUCUGCUUGGUUUUUUUGUUGCCGAGACAAAUGUAGUGAAGACAGUGUCGGUGACCGAAGGAGAUUCAGCCACUCUGGACUCUGAGGUUUCUGAAAUACAGGGAGACGACAGCAUAGAGUGGACGUUUGGAAGCAUUCGUGUGGCUAGAAUGAAGGGAAGGAAUGGUAUCUUUUCUAUGCAGUACAGUAAUGAUUGGAAAUUCGCAGGCAGAGUCCAGCUCCAUAAUCAAACUGGAUCUCUCACCAUUAGAAACAGCAAAUCUGUACACAGUGGAGUUUAUGAUCUAAGCAUCACGGUCGGAAGUGUGGAGUCAACCAAGAGUUACAGGUUUACAGUUUAUGCUCCUCUGCUCUCUCCAGUAAUCUUCGUUGACGCUUUACAAUGUUUGUCAUCAUCAGAAAGAUCAUCCAAAUUUGUGCUGUUGUGUUCAGUGUUGGAUGUGAGUCACGCGACUCUCUCCUGGUACAGAGGAAACAGUUUAUUGUCCAGCGUCAGUGCGUCUGAUCUCAGCGUCAGUCUCUCUCUUCCUCUGGAGGUGGAAUAUCAGGAUAGAAACACCUACAGCUGUGUGAUCAACAAUCCCAUCAGCAACCAGACCAAACAUCUGGACAUCAGUGAUCUCCAUUGGUUAAUUUCAGAAUCUGACAACAAUUGUGGCACUGCUGAAGCUGUGAUCCGAUUGGUCGUCUCUGCUCUGAUGGGCGUGGCUGCUGUGUUGGCAUGUGUUGUUCUGGUUUAUGACAUCAAAUCCAGAACAGGAUAGGAGAAAAAACAAAACAAAAUCAAACAUCAGGACAAUCAAAAACAUGUUGUUAAAGGCACAAUAUGUAAAUGAAAAUGUCCUAAAUUUCUUUCCUUUUUAUAAGUAGAGUAAAUUCAGUUUGAUUGGGACACUUUUUUUCAUCUGACUAAAAUCUGACCUGAAUUUACCCUACUUUUCUGAAAUAUUUUAGCACUUUUUCAAAAAUGUACAGAAACUAGACAGAGAUAUUUUUGUGUAUUCUUAUUGAUAAUGGUGCAUUAUAUAUUUUGAUGCAAAAUUUGAUGCCCAUAAAGCAAAGAAAAUAGUAUACGGAAUAUAAAUAAAAAAGCAUUUUGUAGUCUAAUUUUUGCAUACUCUUGUACAGGGCUGAGUUUUACGGUUAUAAAGAAAUAUUGGAAUGCAGCAGGCCCAAAUUAAGAGCCUCUUGUUUUUAUGUUAUCUUGCGUAACCUUGUUCCAGACCAAUCAAUCCUCUUCUGCAAAGUAUGAAACAGCCUGCAUCAGAUCACCAACAGAGAGUGUGAGGAUAACUGAGUGAAUGUAUAACAUGCUCAUGUGAAUAAAGCCUGUAAAUUCUUAUGUUGUGUUUGUUUUAUGUCUAAUGAGAUCCAAUGAUGUAUGCACCUGGAUCCUGUCAGUCAACAUUAGUGCACCACCCUCAGGCUGAAUCAUGCAAGAACAUUUCUGCCAUGUGUUCAGUGAUUGUAAAACAGUUAUUCAUAAUUUCUAUUACCUAGACUCUGGCACACCUAAAUGUAUGGUCAAAAGCUGCUACUGGAUUAACCAAUGGAAAGUUUAACAUACUAAUCACUGA